AUUGUUGCCACCAUCAAUUAACUUGUCAGUCAAAAGGGUUUGUUUAUCUUUUAUGUUUAGGUUUGCGUUUCAUUGCAAUAUAUUGUCCGGGAAAAGAAUAAAAUGGAGGCACCCAUGUUUUCCCUUGAAAGGACUUCAUCUAUUGAAAGAGAGCCCAGAACUCUCAAUAUCAACCAAAUUCAAUCCGCCAGAGAUCUAGCAGUAUAUAUAUUGAACACAAAGACCAUAGAAGAAGCUUCCAGAAUUUUCACCGAGGGAUUGCAGCCAGUGGUUAGUGCUGCUUGCUGCAUUGGAUCCAGUACAAUGGAGAAUAAUAUGGGUGAAGAACUGGAACUACUGAACUCGAAAGAAACAACACACGCAGCAUUCAGGGACAUAGCAUCUGCACCUUUCUAGAAAAAAUUGUACAUUAAUUGUAGAGUAUGAAGUUAGCUUUGUAUAUAUGUAUCUGCUGCCAUUUAGUGGUUGAGAUUUUGGGUUCGCAUCAAUUUCAUUUGAUUCGUUAUCUUUUCUUGGAUGCUUUUCCAAUAGUACUUGGUUGGUUGGUUAACUGCCUCGUAUGCUUUGGUACACGACAAUAUACUGUAAAAUAAUAUAUUCAAAAUCAUGGGGAUUUGGUUUAAGUGGAGCAAUAUAAUUUCUCUCUAAUUUUAGUUAGCUUUCCAAAACCGAAAGCACCUCAUCCUCGUGUACGUGUUCAACAAGGAUUGGAAGAGGGCAGAGCGAUCAGUUCAUAAUUUAUAGAUAAUAUUUGGUAAACAUUCCUUUGAAAGAUAUGAGAAUAGAAUAAAAAUAUGAGAGUUAAGUAAAUAUUGUAUAAAUAGAAUAUUCUUUUAACUAUUUAUCGACUGCAUAUAUAAAUCAAUAUGAACACUUUUUAAGUGUUUUUAUUAUUUAAAAAUUUUAAUUUGCAUUAAGUGGAAAGGUUGUUCCCUCACAACCAACAGUUGGUAAGAGAUGAGAACGUACGUCGAGAUAGCUACUUCGUGUUUGAAUAGACAUAAACUAUUUUUUAACCUACUUUGGCCUAAUUAUGUAUUUAACAAACAUGUUAAUUUUAAUUAAUAAGCCAACUUGAGAAAGUAAGUUGAAAUUUUAUUUGAAGUUAAUUGUAAUAUCUUUCUUAAAACGUUAGCUUUUAUUGGUGAAAAUAUUUGUCGACACUUGAUGUUGGUUGACUUGAAAUUAUUUAAAAUUAACAAUCAAAUAACAAUACUAAAAUAAAUAAUUCUAUUAAAUACUAUUAAAUAUUUAAAAAAUUAUUUAUCUAUAUUUUUUAUUUUUUUAUACAUAAAAUGCGGAUACUUUUUGAUCUAGGUAUUAGACUAAAAGUGUUCGAUUUCUUUUUUUUUUUAAUAGUGGUAAUUGAAGUGGUAAUUGAAGUGUCUUAUCUAGUACAUAAUUAAUCAUAACAAAGAAGAAAGUGACAGAGAACGUAUUCAUAGAGAUUAAAGAAGGGUAUGAUUAAUUUGUUGAUUGUUAAGAAUUUUUACUUCUCUAUAUUUGAAAUAUAUUUUGCUUGUUUGAUGUAAUAGAAUGUCUUGUUAACAUGAAUGUGAAAAUGAUUGAUGAAGCGAAGAAAAACAGGUAGCACCUUUGGAAUUUUCCUAGUUGUAGUUUAUUGCUAAAUGUUUUUUAGUUUUUUCAUUCAAUGACUUUUAUUCUUUUUUGUACUUUGGCACUUUUUGAAUUGGCUUGUCUAUUCGUCUUCCCGAAGACAAAUACAGUCUACUAGUGGAAUCGAAAUUAACAAAGAUAAAUAUAUAAGAUGUUUUACGAUUAAUUUGUAAUAUCUAAUUAAAUUGAGCACAAAAAUGUAAUUAAAAAAUUGACUAAUAUUUUUUAUAUAUAUAAACUGUCAUCCCACUGCCUUUUUGCUGUGUAAAAAGGGAGUUUUAAAAUUAUCCAAAAUAUAAGGAUAUUGGAAUAAUGCCCUUAACUUUAAAGCAAUAAAAAGAAACAGAGAUAAAAGACUGAAUUGCAAAAGUAAUUAAAUAAAACUUUAAAUAAACACAUAAGGCAAAAAUAUAUAUAAUCUAAAUAAAUUAAGUAAAUUUUUAAUUUAGGUUAAUUUAUUUCAGCUGAGGAUACUUUUAAACUGCUGAUGCCUAACCACAACAAAAGUUUACAUAAUGCAAAGAUUGAAUAAUUAAAAUAUUUAUAAAUCGAUCUGGUUUUAAUAAAUACACACAUUUAAAAC